AUGUUGUUUUCAAUUCCCAUUCUCGCAACGACCAUUCUGGCGGUCGUUGCAUUUCCAACUUCUGUCGUUGGUUGGGGCUUUUCAUCGCCUCUCAACCCAUCUUCGGUUGCAUUGUCGCUCAAUGAGUCUUCAAUGCCACUCAAUCAAUCUUCGGCUCCGUUGUCUCUCAAUCAGUCAUCAGUUGCAUCAUCUCUCAACCGAUCUUCUGUUGAAUUGGUUGAAGAUGAUCAAUCGUUUGAUCAAUACGAGACGAUAACUCGUCUCAUGAGCAGUCUUCAUGGCCAAAUUGGCAUUAAUGAAGAUGCCAUGAUCAAUUAUAGACUUGGCAGACAAGGGCCGCAUGGUAUCGACCCGAAGGACCUCAAACUCGUGGCGGCAAAUGAUCUCGGGGACUUCGACGAGGCAGAAUGGGUGAAAAUAAAUGGGAAGGAAAUCACCAUUAAUUGUGGUGCCGUCGAUGCCACGACUACGGGGGAGGACUGGGCUCUCAUGCAACGGUGUACACACGAAGAAACUGCCAUCCGGCGAUUGAUGGCUACGUUCAACGAAGAGGGCCAUGAAUUCUUUGUAUCGACCGAUGCUCUUCACGCGGCGUCCAUGAUACGAGAAGGAGCCCAUCGAUGCAUCAAGUCUGUCUGUCCAACGCGUCCUCUGGCACUCUCAACUCCCACCGCCGAAGCUAGCGUCUUAGAGGGUCCUGUUGCUGCAUCAAGAACUGGCAGUUACUCCUCGCAGAGAACCACUCUUUCGACCGUCACAACUAGUCUCACGUCAACCGACUCACCUCCCAUUGUCAGGACACCAGCCGUGGAACUCUCGUCCGGCCGUUGGCUCUCUAAACGACUGAACAUUCACGAUAUGGGGGCUUCACCUGCCACAAAGAUUUCCUGCAGAGAUCCACCCCCUGACUUCACUUUAUCGGGGAAACUAAGAACGGUUACUCGCAAGCCACGCCGGACCAGAUAUACCACCAUUACAACGGAUGGCAUGACAAUUACUUCGAGUGUCCCUCACGAUCCCAAUCGUCCGGCACCGCAGCCAUCUGUUAUAACGCCAAACUGGGUGACGGCCGAAAUGUUUCAGACGUUGUCUUGCCGUGAAAUGUGGAUGGAAUUCUUCAAUGCGGAGCAUAUGUGGAAGAGAGAUAUCGUUGAGAUGGUUCUGGGAGAUUUGGAAGCGGCUGUUCUGGGGUAA